GGGGCCGCUCCGAGCAAUUCUUACAAUAGACAAUCUACUCCGUGACCAUUGAUCCUCGAUGUCCUGUCACCGGCGCACGUGGCAGAGAAAGUAAGUAUACCGUCUGAGGAAGAGGGACUAUCACCGGGUUGGAGGGGAAUUACCCAUCAUGACCCUAAGGUUCCCCGUUCAGUUUGGAGGUUUCAGCUGGAGGGUCACGCUCGUCGCACAGCCUCAAGCUGGAGCGGGGCAUUAUUACCGCAAUCAUGUUGAAUGUUGAAUGUUUAACAGACAGAAUUACCCCGCACUCGAGUGUUGCUGUUUGAGGCCAAGUGCCCCAGGUAGUGGUCGCGACAGCUGUUAGCUCUCAAUUGGUUGGCCAGUUGAGUUGUCAUCUCCCAGCUUAGCAUGCAUGCCACAUUGUGGAAAAUGAGAUGAGGUGCUGCACUCAGCUCUGCUGGGUGUAACACAAAGAAUGACUGCUCUCACACAGUGAUAUUGUCUCCCAAUACAUAUUCCCAGACCUCUUUCACUCUUUCAAUCUCGCUCAAGUAAUUUCCCUCUCACACUUGCUCCAGAAUGGAUACUCGGGGAGAAAUCGACACAGGGCAGGCGUCCGACAUCGCUCAACUAUGGCAGAGAGCAGUCGAAGACUACGAGAAAAGGACCAAGAAGAGUCUCCACCUGGCACAGUUCAGCAACAUAGACCAAGUUAUGAAGGGCACGGAAGGCUUGUCGAACGAGUUCAAAGAUUUCCGGCAUGACCGGUCGAAGACAGACAAUGUGCGGACCGCAUUGAAAAACAACCUAUGGCUGAUCCAGAAGGUCGUCAAUACUGUCGAGACGGUUGGGUCUGCUGCAUCAGCUUUUCCUCCCGCAAUGCCGGCCAGCUUGAUUUUCACGGCCUUUGGGCAGGUCAUGCAGUCCUUUGCCACGGUAUCUGCCGACUACGACAAGAUCAUGGGGUUUUUCGACUUCACGCAUCGUUUCUUCGACCGGCUCUCGAUGAUCGAAGAGAAAUCUCCACAGCAACGGCCGUUCCAGCGCUGCGUUGCCCGUGUCUUCUCAGGCAUGCUGACCAUCUGCUCCGUGGCCCAGGAAUACGCCGAGAAAAAAAGAUUCAAGAAGUGGUUUAGCAAUUUGGUUGAUGGAUCUGAUGGGGCUCUUUCGGGGGCCAUCAGCGAUAUGGAGGAGGCCGUGAAUGAGCUGACCCAGGCCGUUGGGCUGGCCACGCUUCGGACGGUGGAGAUCCUAGACGAGGUUGUUCAGAGCAUGAACGGGAACGUCGAGUUCCUCGUAGCGCAGGUCACUGUGAUAGAUGGACGAAUGGAGGCCAUCCAAUCCGACACGGGGACGAUCAUCGAACAGAACCAAGCGCUGGAAUCGAAACAGGACGCCAUGAUCCAGAUGCUGGACGAGCAAUCUCGGUUGUUUAACGACGCGGUGCAAAGCUUCGAGUAUAUUCAGAUGGGCGCCAAUUUCGGGCACAGCUUCCAGAUGAGUUUGUUGAAACUGGACGUCGUGCGGCUCCGGUUGACUCGAUGGGGUCAGUCCGUUGGGCUGGCGAAGGUGGACGACGGUGUGAACCCACUCCAGAUAAAGAGCAUCGCCUCCGAAGAUAGAGAGGAGGUCCAAGACCUUCUGGCCCAGAUCCUGGAGCUCUUUGCGGAAGCCGAGGCGGCUUCGAAGCGAUUACGCAGACGCAACAGCACCGUUCCAGUGCUGGACGCGGUCAAAGAGCUAGACAGCGUCUCAGCCUCACUGCACCAGAAGAUGGAAGAUCUCGCUAAGACGCGGCAGGGCAAGUUUGAGUUGGAGCAGGGCCGAUUGACUAUUCUGUACGAGGAGAAGAAUUUCAGCCGGCUGAUCGAAGACAUCAGCGAAUUGGUGGACGGGCUAGUCGAUCUUUUCCCGGGAAUCCAGGAAGAACAGCGCAAGCUGUGUGAGGAAGAGGUGUCCGGAUUGAACACGAACGAGGGCGCUCUUUCGCUACUGAAAGAGGUCGCUGCUGGCCAGGACAAGCUGCUGAGUGACACGGUUGUCAAAGUCAUCGAAUCGACCACCACCUACACCAACAGUGUGGUGUUCUCGGGGGCGAAUUCUGGCUUUCAGGUAGGAAACAAUUCCGGCAAGAUUAGCGGUGUUCGCUUUGGCAGUUCCUGAUUCCGUCUGGUAUGUGGUAGCAGUUCAAGAUAAACAGGGUGGACUGGCAUUCUGGACAUUUCUGCCGAAAAAUGAUUAGUGAAUGCAAUCCUUUACGAAAGCAGAGAGUCUCGCGACGUGUAGGCUAAAUGUAUCGUCAUGGCACAUGGCACAUGUAAUCGGGUAGCAUGGCAGGUAACAGGGAAUCCACAGAACGUGCGUUCCACGUUCCUCUCGUGCAUACUAAUAUUGGUAUCAAUUUCACCUACUAUCGUGGACCCUAACAAUGAUAGUAUCCC